AGUGUGAUAUGUGCUCUACCAUCUCUGCGGUGCAUCGUUAAAACGAAAACAAGUCAGAACUUUGGAGCAGGGAAACUUUAUUUUAGUAAUUAUUAAGUUGGUUCUGUUCGUCCGCGCCUUCACCAUGGCGUGGCGUUCCGUGGGAGCCAAUAACGAGGACCUCAUACGUCAGUUGAAGGAGCACGGCGUCAUCGCCAGUGAUGCGGUGGCCAAGGCCAUGAUGGAAACCGACCGCAAGCACUACUCGCCGCGCAACCCCUACAUGGAUGCCCCGCAACCCAUCGGAGGAGGGGUCACCAUCAGUGCACCUCACAUGCAUGCAUUCGCCUUGGAGUAUCUGCGCGAUCAUCUGAAGCCCGGUGCCCAUGUGCUUGAUGUGGGCUCUGGAUCGGGAUACCUCACAGCCUGCUUCUUUCGCUACAUCAAGGCAAAGGGCACAAAUGCGGAGACCCGAAUUGUGGGCAUCGAGCACCAGGCGGAACUUGUGCGGCUGAGUAAGGCUAACUUGAACACCGACGACGGCAGCAUGCUCGACUCCGGCCAGCUGUUGAUCGUGGAAGGCGAUGGACGCAAGGGAUACCCUACCAGUGCGCCCUAUAACGCCAUCCACGUGGGAGCUGCUGCGCCGGACACGCCCACCGAACUAAUAAACCAACUGGCUAACGGCGGACGCCUCAUUGUCCCCGUGGGUCCCGACGGCGGCUCCCAGUAUAUGCAACAGUACGACAAGGACGCCGAUGGGAAAGUGCAGAUGACACGUCUCAUGGGAGUAAUGUACGUGCCCCUCACGGAUCUACGCUCCUGACUGCAUCGAGUAGGAAGGUCACUGGUUGCGGUGCUGAUGCUCGUCUUUAUUAUUUACCAAAUUUGGGCUUACUCUCGCUAGUAUUAAUUAUCCAAUAAAUUGCAAAUGCUUGUUUUCUCGUUGAGUCCAAUUAAAUAAGUUUCCUGAACAAACUAA